AUGAAGUGGCUUGGGAUCCUGGAACUGCUGGCCCUUUCAGAGUGCCUAGUUAUAAUCCCUCUAAUGAAGGUCAAGACCAUGCGAGAAACCCUCAGAGGAAAAAACCUGCUGACAAAUUUCCUGGAGGAGAACACUGAUGACAGGUCCCAGAAUGCCACGAAUGACCUGAAUAUUUCCCUUCAACCCCUGAGGAACUACCUGGAUCUGUGCUAUAUUGGCAACAUCACCAUUGGAACACCCCCUCAGGAGAUCAGGGUCGUCUUUGACACCAGCUCAUCUUUCAUGUGGGUGCCCGCCAUCUACUGCCACAAUCCCUUCUGCCGUACACACGAUUUCUUCAAACCUCAGCUGUCCACCACCUUCAAGUUCUCAGACCAGUCCUUCAACCUCAAAUACAGCACUGGGAUGAUUGUUGGAAAUCUUGUCUAUGACACCGUUCGGAUCAUGAACCUUGUGAACCUGCACCAGGAAUUUGGGCUGAGUGUGAGGCAGAGUGGGUUGGAUGAUGCAAUCUUUGAUGGUGUCCUGGGCCUGGGCUAUCCCAGCCUUGCUCCCAAGAGGAUCACCCCCAUUUUUGACAACCUGAAGACACGAGGCAUCAUUUCUCAGCCUGUCUUUGCCUUCUACUUAAGCACCAAGAAGGAGACAGGCAGUGUGGUGAUGUUUGGUGGAGUGGACAACAGCUACUACAAAGGAGAGCUCAAGUGGAUACCAGUGUCCCGAAAACACUACUGGCAGAUAGCCAUGGACCGCAUCACCAUGAAUGGGGUGGUUGUUGGUUGUUACCAUGGAUGCCAGGCCAUUCUGAGUACUGGGACUACAUUGCUGGCUGGCCCAACUACACUGGUCACCAUCAUCCAGAAGCUCAUCAGUGCCAUGCCUUUCGGUGAAGAGUAUCACGUAACAUGUAGCCACAUCAGGAGCCUGCCUACUAUCAUCUACACCAUCAAUGGCAAUGACUACCCAGUGCCUGCUGCAGCCUACAUCUGGAAGGGUCCUUACAGCACCUGUAUCAGCCGUUUUCGAGGGGGCACAGAGACCUGGAAUCUGUUGGAGACUUGGGUCCUGGGUGACGCCUUCUUGAGGCUGUAUUUCUCUGUUUAUGAUCGGGGAAACAACAGGGUUGGCCUGGCUCGCGCUGUGUAA